AUGUCGGACAACACAUCUUCAAUUGAAAAAGGUGCCAAUCAGGGUGGUUUUUUACAAGAAAAUUUAUAUUUACUUGAAUAUUUCCUUGGAUGAAACUUCAAAUUCUAAAAAAAAAUGAGAUGGAAGCGUGUCCCUUUGGAAAUAUAAACGUUUAUCCUAAUUCUGCAGGAUGAAGUAUGACAUAAAAUUCAAUCAAACUCUGUAAUUCUUCCAGGAACAUCUCCAACAAAUCCUGGCAGCCCAGUUAAUCAAAAUAAUUCCCCACAACAACCAAUUAUUUAUACCAUUAACAAUUCACUCUAUACAAAAGCACAACAGCAAAGUAAGGAUCCAUUACAUUUUCCAAAUACUGUCAGACGAAAAAUUCAUUUCAGAUGAGCCAUCACAAAAACCAAAGGAAAAACUCAUCUGUGCGUGCUGUAACAAAAAAAUUCCCGAAUACUUGUUGCAAGAUGAUCAAGUAUUCUAUCAGAAAGCAUAUUCAUAUUCUUUCACAAAAAACCAUGCUCUUCGUAUUGAAGAAGUUGGCGAGUCGUCUUCCACAUUGCCAAAACGACCAAAUGCUGCCUUACUCAAAUUCAAUGGUAUCCAUAGUUCUGAUUGUAAUAAUUUUGUAAUUGUUUUUUUUUACAGAGAGAAAUGAGCUUGUUCCGGUAGAUAGUUUGACCAACACUUCGGAAAAAGUUGUCAAGGAUAAUGUAGAAGAAAAGACAACUGAAUUGAGCGCCAGCUCAGAUUGGAAUUAUUCAGAAUCUUCUGAUGCAGAAGAAAUGAAACGUGUUUCUGCUGUUAUUGUAUCUUCAGAAGUUCAAAUCCCAGAGAACAGAGAAAAUCAAUAGUGAGUUCCAUAUUAACUGAAAGCUUCUUAAAAAUAUAUUUUCAGUUCUGUGGACGAAGCAGUCGUCACAAGAGCUGCAUAUUUAGAAGCACUGUAAGUUUUUGUAGAGAUAUAUUUAUAGUUAACAUUUUCCAUUUUCAGUAAGCAAAUUGAAGAGUUAAAAGUUGCCAGUGCAAAUCUCAAGAAUACCAAAAACGAGUCAAAGUAAGUUGAAAAUAUUAACUUCAAAACUUUUAAAAUGCAAUUUUUAUAGAGCUGAAGAAUCUGCUGGAUCCAACACUCCUAAAAAUACUCCAAAGAAAUCAAAAAAUAACAAGAAGUUCAAAAUUGAUGUCCAAAACCGUUUCAACUCUUUGAAUGACAAUUAA